ACACACAGCCCUAAAAACUACCGCUUAUACUAUACUACCCUAUAGUCUACACGCGACACCGCGACAGCCAAGCCCAAGGCGUGGAGCCCUCUCAACAUGCUGAACCGACUGAGAAACCGCUCCCUCUACGACCUCCUCCACGUCGAUCCCUCUCGAGACCGUGCCCACGUCUACGAAACCUCCUGGCUUCUCCCUCCCCUCCCCUACGCCAUCCUCCGCGGCACCAUCUCCCUCUACAUCUUUACCAGCAUCUUCUUCAUCUGGGGUUGGAGCGGCACUCAUGGCGACCGUGCAGAAAUCGGCGAGAGCUUCAGCUACUUCACCUGGCUGACCUACUGGGGAAUAGGUUUCUACAUGCUCUUCGCCUCCAUCCACACGGCCUGCUAUGCACUGAAGGGCCAUUCGGUCCUUUUUGACCGCUGGCCUCGCGCCCUUCGCGCUCUCCAUGGCCUCUUCUACACCACCGUCACUACCUACCCAUUCCUCGUGACCGUCGUCUUCUGGGGAAUCCUCUACUCGGGUCCUUGGUACACCGUGACAUUCAGCGGAUGGCAGAAUAUCUCCCAACACGGCCUCAACUCCCUCUACGCCCUAUCGGAAAUCAUCCUCCCAACCACCGCCCCGCACCCAUUCCUCAGUCUCACCGUGCUGAUCUUCAUCCUCCUUCUCUACGUCUCCCUCGCCUAUCUCACCUACCACACUGAGGGGUUCUACACGUACUCGUUCCUCGACCCCGGUCCGCAUGGCGAGAAGAGUGGCCAUGUUGCGGGCUACUGUUUCGCCAUUCUGGCGAUCAUCGUCGUUUUCUUCUUGUUCUCGUGGUCCGCCAUUUGGUUGAGGCGGAGAGCGACUGGCGGGAAGGUGAAGAGGUCCGUCUAUGAUAGGGAUUAUGCGGGUGCUGGGAUGGGUGGUGAUGUUGAGGAGGAAGUGGGAGUGGAGGAGCUGAGGGAGGAGAAGUGAGAUAUUCAUCUAUCAAAUCCCUUGGUUCAUUCAGUUGCUUAUGAGGUAGUUGAGGAGAUGGUGCGGGGUG